CUUGACCGAAACUUGACUUCAACCUUUCAAGUUAUCCCGCCAAGGACGUCGGACGGUGUCUACUGCGACAGUGCUCAUUUUUUUCUGCUUCUUUUAGAUCUAAGGCAAUAAGGCUAGGUUAUUCAACACAUCUCUCGAUAACCCAUGCUUGACCGCCAGCUGCCUCCCACACUAGCCUACAAUAACUACUCAUCAGCUAAUGCCUUCGAUAAUCAGCACCUCAACUCCUGGCGAAGGCUGGCAGGCCACCUUCGUAGGCGAGAAACCUCUGGCAUCUGCCUUGAAUGGAGGAAUUCCUUAUGCAAGACAAUCACCCUCACGCCUGGCACCAGGUACAAGCCUGGCGAGAUUUAGAAAGUUAUUGUCUCGUUAUUCCAUUUUUUCCGACUUAGCAUCUACAUCAUCGAAUUCACGGCGAUCUAUCGGCCCUCUCACAACACCUUCCCCAUAUACUUCAGCCGUAUCAAUGUCUCGAUUUAUCCUUCUGUGCAGUUUCUGGUACACCACCUCUGCACUUUCAUCAAAUACUGGCAAGACUAUCCUCAAUCAAUGGAAUCGACCUGUCACCCUCACCAUCAUACAAUUUGCAUUCGUCGCCGGUUAUUGUCUACUCUUCAUGUCGCCGGUCAUCCAAUUUACAAAGUUGCGUCCACCAACUGGCGCCAUUUUGCGAAGCACCCUGCCCAUGGGUAUGUUUCAAGUUGGUGGUCACAUGUUCUCUAGCAUUGCAAUUUCCAAAAUACCCGUCAGCACCGUUCAUACUAUCAAGGCUCUAUCUCCACUAUUCACCGUUGCCGCUUACGCCAUGCUUUUCGGCGUCAAGUACUCCCCAAGGACGUACUUCUCUCUACUCCCCCUGAUCAUUGGUGUCAUGCUGGCAUAUACGUUCGAGUCCGCCUCAAAUCCGACAGGUCUCCUUUGCGCAUUUGGUUCUGCCCUUGUGUUCGUCAGUUCCAAUAUCUUCUUUAAGAAGAUUAUGCCAUCAGGGUCGCAGGCAUCGUCCCACAAGUUAGACAAACUCAAUCUGUUAUUCUAUUCUUCGGCCAUGGCAUUCGUAUUGAUGAUCCCGAUUUGGUGCUUCACCGAUCUUCCCCUCCUCGCUGCCGACUCCGUUCAUGUUACGCACUCGACUCGUGGACACGAGGCUCCUCAUUCUAUCCCCACGUCACCUGUGACGUACUCUAUCGCCUCCCUCAUCAAGCGCGUUGCUGUCAUCUGUAUCGCCAUAGUAUGGUUCAACCAGAGCGUACACCCCGUGCAGGGCCUCGGUAUUGGGAUGACCUUUCUCGGGGAAAACAAAAUGCGCAGGGUAGAGGCGACGCGGGACAUGAUACUCCCCAUCAAUCGGACAGAGGAAAAAUUAUUGAACGGAAGCUCACCACCAACCCCCGUACCUGGUACGCCUGAGCUUCCGGUGGCCGCAGCCACAGGAAUGGGGGCACACCCUGCUGCUAGCCGACCGCGGAUUCACACGGGAAUGGACAUGGGUAUGGGCAUCCCUAACUCGCAUAUCCAAAUUUCUCCACAGGACACUUCGUCCAUCUUCUCAAAGCGAAAUACCAUUUCGCCCACAGAGCCAUACCCCUCGCCUCCUCCCUCCAUAGACUCGCCACCUUCCAAUACGGUCCCUAUUGGAUAUCAGCCCCCGCGUAUACAGCAUUUCGGGAUGGAGUCGUUCACUGUGGGACACGUUACUGCUUAA